AUGGCUGGUACCUUCUUCAUGGACAUUCAUGAGCAUGGAAUUUGUGUAGACAAGAAAAGGCGUCGGGUUAAGUGCAAUUACUGUGGAAAAGAACUUCAUUCUUUCACUCGUCUGAAAUUUCACUUGGGUGGUAUACGAGGAGAUGUAGCUCCCUGUGAACAAGUUGCAGAUACUGUUAGAGAGACGCUUCGAAAGAUGAUUGCGGGGGAAAGAUCUGGUUUUACUGCUAACGACGGAGUCCGAAUGAGUAAUGGUCAUAAGCGUGAAAGAAGCCAAGAUUCAUCAAGCAAAAGUGUUUCUCCUGAGAAUGGGAGUAUAGGAAUGGAGACUGAUAAACCUGAUUUGUUUGACAACAAAGGCCAAAUGUGCAUUGGUCGGUUCUUUUAUGAGAAUUGUAUCGACUUUUCAGUUGUGGAUUCGCCAAGCUUCAAAGAAAUGAUGACUGUCAGUGGCGGUCAGAUGCGUCUUAAGAUCCCUGAUUCUCAUGAUUUAAAAGGAUGGAUGCUUCAAGAUGCGUUGAAGGAAGUGCAAGCUCAUGUGAAGAAGGUUCAAGAUUCGUGGGCGGUCACAGGUUGCAGCAUCUUGUUGGAUGCUUGGGUUGACCAGAAAGGCCGGGAUUUGGUUGCUUUCGUUGCAGAUUGUCCAGCAGGUCCAGUGUAUCUGAAAUCUGUGGAUGUUACAGAUAUAAAAAGCAAUAGCAAUGCCUUAAUAUCGCUACUUGAUGAGCUUGUUGAUGAAGUUGGAAUGCAUAACGUGGUUCAGAUUAUUGCAUGUUCAACUUAUGGUUGGGUUGGUGAAUUAGGCAAGUCUUUAGCGGGUAACAAGAAGGAACUUUUCUGGUCCGUGAGUGUGUCUCAUUGCUUCGACCUUAUGCUGCUGAAAAUCGCGAAAACAAGUUCCCUUGGAGACAUAGUUGAUAAUGCCAAUAAGAUUACAGAGUUUAUCAACAACAGUCCCUUGGCUUUGAAGCUUGUGGGAGCUCACAUUCAUGGAUUGGACAUGACUGUCUCCUCCUCCGAGUUUGAGUUUCUUAUGCCGUAUCUAACUCUAGAGAGUAUUUUCAAGGCGAAGAACGACUUGGGAGACAUGUUUGCUUCAUCUGAUUGGGACAAAGAAGAAGGCAUAACAAUAUCCGAAUUGGUGAAUGAUUCCUCUUUUUGGGAAACUGUUGAGAGAGUUGUGAAAUCCACAUCUCCUCUGAUUCACGGUCUACUCUUGUUUUCUACCGUCAACAACCUGCAUGUUGGGUAUAUCUAUAACAUUAUGGAUGAAAUAAAGGAGAGUAUUGCGAGGGAAUUCAAUGACGAUGAAGUCUGUUACAAACCGUUAUGGGAUGUGAUAGAUGAUGUCUGGAACAAGCACCUUCACAUUCCUCUUCAUGCUGCUGGUUACUUCUUGAACCCGACUGCUUUCUACUCAACUGAUUUCCAUCUUGAUCCAGAAGUCGCUACCGGUCUUACCUCCUCUCUGGUUCAUAUUGUUAAGGAACAUCACAUUCAGCUUCAAGCUGCCACACAGCUUGAUUCGUAUAGGCUCGGUGAAGAUUACUUUAACGAGGCAAGUCAAGCUGAUCAGAUCUCUGAAAUCUCUCCAGUUGAGUGGUGGGCUCAAAAGGCGAGUGAGUACCCAGAACUGCAGAGUUUCGCCAUCAAGAUUCUGAGCCAGACAUGCGAAGGUGCUUCAAGGUACAAGCUGAAGAGAAGCUUAGCAGAGAAACUGCUGCUCAGUGAAAGAUUAAGCCAUCGUGAAAGACAGCAUCUGGAAGAAUUGGCGUUUGUUCAUUACAAUCUUCAUCUUCAAAGGUGCAAAGCCAAACUAAGUGAAGAUGUUCAGCUUUGUUAG